AUACCGACAGAGUUUUGCGGGGUGGGUCCGACCGACAUCGGCGUCAGGAGGAGGCGAAACCCAAACCGGACCCAUCCCGGACCUCUGAUUCGCUGGAUUCGCGUUUCGUUGAAUGGAACGACGACACAAAUGGGGUUCAGCAGCAGUUCAGCUAUGGCCACUGUGACAGAUGUGUCUCCGCAGGGGUAAUUGGAAAAGUCUUUUCCUUUUCUCACCUUUCCGCGUGUCUUGUUGUCGAUUCCAUAUAGAUAUUCGAAGCUGCGGUUGAUACGAUGACGGCAGAUAUCACAUUCAAAGAUGUUGGGCGCGAGGAGUCUGCUCCGAGGCUGGACUUGGAGGCGUGGGAACCGGAUAUGAUGGAGAAACAGGAUCUUCCUCCUACUGCAUAUGACCCGUUCGGGUCGGAGGAGACAGCGGAGGUACAUUAUAAGACGCUAAGCUGGUGGCAAAGCGGAAUGCUGAUGAUUGCUGAAACAGUGUCCCUGGGUGUCUUGUCCAUCCCAGCAACCCUGGCAUCUAUAGGCCUCGUCCCUGGCAUCAUCCUGAUCGUCGGCCUAGGGAUCAUCUCCACCUACUCCGGCUACGUUAUCGGCCAGUUCAGGCAGCGCUACCCGUCGAUUCACAGCAUGGCCGAUGCCGCAGAUGUCAUGCUCGGGCCGUGGGGUCGCGAGAUCUUCGGGGUGGCCCAGCUGAUCUUUUUCCUCUUUGCGACAGCCAGCCACAUCCUCACCUUUACCGUCAUGAUGAACACCCUCACGAACCAUGGCACCUGUUCCCUGGUAUUUGGCGUUGUGGGCUUGAUCCUGUCCUUCCUGUGUUCCCUUCCCCGAACCAUGAAGAAUGUCUCCACCUUCGCUGUCGUUUCCUUCCUAAGUAUCUUCGUGUCCGUCGUCAUCACAAUGGUCGGCGUGGGCGUCGAGCACCCCGGCGACGGCCAAAUGGAAAUCACCAAAGCAACGAGCUUUGUCAACGCCUUCACAGCAGUGACCAACAUCGUCUUCGCCUACUGCGGUCACGCCGCCUUCUUCGGCUUCAUCGCCGAGAUGAAAGACCCCCGCGACUUCCCCAAGUCCCUGGCCAUGCUACAGGGGUUUGAAAUCGUCUUCUAUACGAUCGCCGCGGCCGUCAUCUACCGGUAUGCCGGACAGGGUGUGGCGUCGCCGGCGCUGGGCUCUACGGGACCUAUCCUGCAGAAGGUCGCUUAUGGAAUCGCCAUUCCUACUAUCGUCAUAGCCGGUGUGAUCAACGGCCACGUGGCUAUCAAAAACGUCUACGUGCGCCUCUUCCGCGGCACAGACCUGAUGCACCAGCGGAGUUUGCGCGCGACAGGAUCGUGGAUCGCGCUGGCGCUGACGUUCUGGAUUAUCUCGUGGAUCAUCGCAGAAGCGAUUCCCGUAUUCAACAAUCUGCUGAGUUUGAUCAGCGCACUCUUUGCGAGCUGGUUCUCGUUCGGUCUCAGUGGUAUCUUCGGUCUCUACAUGACCUGGGGGCAACUUUUUACUUCCCCGAAGAGGAUUCUCCUCACUAUCGCCAAUGUCCUGCUCAUUGGGAUCGGCACGACUAUAUGCGUCUGCGGUCUCUGGGUAUCAGGCGUUGCAAUUCACAACGACGCCUCAAAGAGCAGUUUCUCCUGCGCGAAUAACGCCUAAUCUUUGCUUGCAGCGUUCGCUUGUAUCAUAGAAUAAUAGACUACAUAUAUCCCCUUGUUGAUUAUAU